CCGUGUCACCGCGACAGUUAAGGUAGCAAACUAGUCGGCAACGCUAUAUGAGGAGACGCCUGUCCGGCUUUGCUUCCUAGGCUGAGCUCUCUCUUGAGGCCAAAGAGCCCCGUGCCUGCGGCCGAAGAGAUAGUAGUCUGAGUCGACAGACUCCCAUAAUACGCAAUGGCGGCUCCUUAUCCCCAGGUCAUCCUGUUUGGCGAUAGUUUGUUUCAGCAGGCCGUCCGCCCUGACGGCUUCUCAUUCCAAGCCGCCUUGGAGACACAUUGCCUCCGCCGCCUUGAUGUCGUCAAUCGCGGCCUCUCAGGCUAUAAUACAUCCAAUGCUCUCCAGGCCUUGCCACGCAUCUUCCCCUCGCCGGCGCCAGCCGGGUCAAAGAUUGAGUAUCUCUUCGUCUUGUUUGGGGCCAACGAUGCCUCCCUCCCGCUGCCCACCAACAGGCAGCAUGUGCCCCUGGACAGGUUCAAGAUCAACCUGACGCGCAUCAUCACGCACCCAAACAUCGCGGCGCACAAGCCCAAGAUCGUCCUAGUCACGCCGCCGCCACUUGACGAGAUCCACAUCGCCAGCAAAGAUGUCGCCGACGGCCAUGGCCAGGCGACGAGAGAGGCCAAGAUCAGCGCGGAAUACUCGGCGGCGGUCCGCCAGGUCGCCGCGGCCAACCCGGACGUCAUCCUCGUAGACCUAUGGAAAGCGCUGAUGGAGACAGCCGUCGCCAAGACACCGGGCUUCGACGCCAGCAGCGGCGCCGUGCUGGGCGACCCCGAGAGCGGCGUGCGCGGGCAUCUGGAACAGCUGCUGCCUGACGGCCUGCACAUGAGCUCCGAGGCGUAUCGCGUCUUCUACGACCUGGUCGAGCCGCUCGUCGGCGUCGAGUGGGCAGGCACCCCCCAAGAGGACAGGGUCGCCUACGUGCUUCCCGACCAUCGCGUGGCGCCGUGGUUGAGCGAGGACGAGUACUGGCGGCGGACGUGAGGUGAAGUACAUACGAGGCGAGACUUAGCGUAAGAGAGAGAGAGAGAGAGGCGCGUGAUUUUGGGGAGGGGAGGCCUGACCCUGACCAACAUAUACUAUUAGGUAGUUUCAGUGUUCACAUGCAAGCCUGAUUACCGUGGAUAUGGACCUACCCGACCAGGGCUAGUCUAGCAGGUAGCUAGCUACAGCUGUUGUGCCGUACCGUGUGCAAGGCUGCGCAUGAGACGCCGAGCCCCGACAUCCAUUCACGGAGCCUGCGUGAAUUUGAAAUAACAAGCCGUACUCCGUACAGCACGCGUAUAAGGAGAAAAAGAAG